AUGAGAGACAGAUUUCGAUUGCUGCCAGGACUCCUGAUGCUGUUGCUGCUGUUGACACUGGGAGCUGCCGCCCAGAACACUAGAGACAUCAACAUGUGUGAACAGCCCCGGAAAGCAUCCUGUACCCCGUAUGUUGACUGCCAGGCCACAGACGGGAGAUACUGCGUGUGUGGCCCGGGGCAGCAGCUUAUUCCGGAGAUGACGUUCCGGAAUGAGAGUGAAAGCAUGUGUCAAGGGCUCUUGGUGCUGCUGCUGUUGACACUGGGGCCUGUACAGAAACUGAGUGCUUCUGGCUCCACAGACUGUGCUCCAUGGUGCCCUCCAAAGUCCUCAUGUAUCAAUGCCACCGCCUGUCGCUGCUCUCCAGGGUUCACUUCUUUAUCUGGGGAGAUCUUCACCAACUACUUGGAGAAUUGUGAUGACAUCAACGAGUGUAGACCACCCUUAAAAGUGUCCUGUGGAAAAUUCGCAGAGUGUGUUAACACAGAGGGGAGCUACUACUGCAUGUGCAGCCCAGGAUACAAGCUUGCUUCUGGGGCAAAAACAUUCAAGAGUGAAAGUGAGAACACGUGUCAAGGCUUACCCUGACUCUCCCCAACAAUUUCAGUUCACAUUCCUGAGAGCAAACCAGAUGACCAGAACCCAGAAGAAUGUUGUGCGGAGUCUAAGCAGAAUUACACAGAAUUACCCCCAUACACACGGAGAAAAUUACAUGAUCAGAUGGGGCUCCCAUCUAGACAAGAUAACAACAGAAGAUAUCAUGGGGGACGAGGAGGCAGCUAUUUCAGCAGCUGGACCCCGCCCCGUGGAAUCAAGAGCCGGAGGCUCUCCCGCUUCUUUGAAAGACUCGAAGAUCUGGCCAGAAAUUUCAUACCAGCCUUAGUCCAGGACACCAUCCAGGGCCUCGUACAAGGGGUAGAUGAGCUGCUGCAGAUCCCAGAAGACCUGGAGGACCUGCCCCACUCAGACCAACGCUGCGUGGCCACGAACUUGCUCGUUGGCCUGGAGGACUCCCUGAGAAACAUGAGUCAGGCCCUGCCCAAUGGGACACUGACCUUCAAUGCCUCUGCAGGCACAGACCUGUCCCUGAAGGUGCAAGAACAAGGAGACACAAAUGUCAUCUUGAGUCAGAACCAGGCAAAGAUGCUGCUAAACUUGGAUGAGGGGCACGAAUCUAAUGACUCAGGUGCUUCUGUGGUGGGCCUCAUCUCCACUCCAGGGAUGGGCAAGUUUCUGGCUGAGGCGCCCCUGGUCCUGGAGCCCAAGCAGCAGGAAGCCCUGCAUGAGCCCAAGGGCUUGCUGGGAGAGGCCUCCCCUGUCCUGCUCUCAGAUGUCAUCUCUGCCUUUAUAAGCAACAAGGACACCCAGAACCUCAGCUCCCCCGUCACCUUCAUCCUCUCCCACCAUCCAGUGACCCCUGGGCCAACGCACAAGGUGCUCUGUGUCUUAUGGGAACAAAGUCAGGAUGGAUGCGGUCACUGGUCCACCACAGGCUGCAGGCUAGUGGCCACUGGGGACUCCAGCACCACCUGCCAAUGCACCCACCUCAGCAGCUUUGCCGUCCUCAUGGCCCACUACGACGUGCAGGAGGAGGAUCCCAUGCUGGUCGUGAUCACCUACCUGGGGCUGGUCCUGUCUCUGCUGUGUCUCCUCCUGGCAGCCCUCACCUUCCUGCUGUGCAAAUCCAUCCAGAACAUCAGCACCUCAUUGCACCUACAGCUCUCAGUCUGCCUCUUCCUGGCCCACCUACUCUUCCUCACGGCCAUCAACCAGACCAAGAUCAAGGUGCUGUGCGCCAUCAUUGCCAGUGCCUUACACUAUCUCUACCUGGCCUCCUUCACCUGGAUGCUGUUGGAGGGUCUACACCUCUUCCUCACUGCACGCAACCUGACAGUGGUCAACUACUCCGGUAUGAACAGGUUCAUGAAGAAGCUCAUGUUCCCUGUGGGCUAUGGAGUCCCGGUUCUAAUUGUGGCCAUUUCUGCUGCAUCCAGACCUCACCUUUAUGGAACACCCACCCGAUGCUGGCUCCACACAGACAAAGGAUUUAUAUGGACCUUCCUUGGCCCCGUCUGCAUCAUCUUCUCUAUUAAUUUGGUUUUCUUUCUGAUGACCUUCUGGAUUGUGAAAAGCAAGCUCUCUUCACUCAAUAGAGAUGUGUCCACCCUCAAGAACACCAGGAUGCUGACAUUCAAGGCGACGGCUCAGCUCCUCAUCCUGGGCUGCACGUGGUGUCUGGGCCUCCUGCAGGUGGGGCCAGCCGCCCACGUCAUGGCGUACCUCUUCACCAUCAUCAACAGCCUACAGGGCGUCUUCAUCUUCCUCGUCUACUGCCUCCUCAGCCAGCAGGUCCUGGAGCAGUACAGGAAAUGGUUCAGAGGACUCAGGAAAACCAAAGCCGAGUCUGAGAAGUACACGCUCUCAAGCGGGAUCCUGUCGGAUGCCUCCAAGCACAGUGUGGAGCAUUGUAAUGAACAGCUAACCCUGGAGACCUUGUCUCAUAGAAAAUGAAAGAAACACGGAACCGUCAUCUUUUGGGCAAAGAGU